AUGCGCCCGCGGAACCCGAACCGCGCCGCUCGCCGGCCCGUAUCCGAGCUCGGAGCGAUCCAGGCGCUGGUCCAAGCGCUCCAGGGCCACGUGGCCAAGCUGUCGCAGGAUCAGUGCGGCUGCCGGGUGAUCCAGAAGGCCAUCAAUGCCGUGUCCAAAGAGUCGCAGCAACAGAUCGCCCGAGAGUUGGAGGAGCACGUGGAGGAGUGCAUCCGGAACAUGCACGGGAAUCACGUGAUCCAAAAGUGCAUCGAGCAAAUGCCGCCGGACUCCGUGAACUUCAUCAUCAAAGCUGUGGAAAUGAAGGCGGAGGAAACUGCAAGGCAUGUGUACGGGUGCCGCGUGAUCCAGCGCUUGCUGGAGCACUGUGCCUCUGAGCAGCUGAAGCCGAUGCUGGAGCAGAUCCUCUACAACGUCGCGGUCUUGGCCAAGGACGCCUACGGCAACUACGUGGUGCAACAUGUGCUGGAGCACGGCCGCAAGGAGGACAAGCAGCGCAUCAUCCAAACCAUCCGGGGCCAAAUCGCGGACUUCUCCCGGGAGAAGUACUCCAGCAACGUGGUGGAGAAGUGCUUCGAGAUCGCCACAGUUGGCGAGCAUGCUGACAGCGACGUGAUCCAGCAGGAGCGGGCGGCGCUGAUGCGGACCGUCUUGGAAUCGCCGGAGGUGCUCUUGUCGAUGUGCACCAACACCUACGGCAACUAUGUGGCGUCGCCGGCGGGUUUCGGGAGUCUCCCUUCGUUUCAGCGGCCAACCGGUUUCAACGCCAUGUUGCGUCUUCGGGUGCAGCGCUUCAUCCCGCGCGCGGCUUCGGGAGCGCGCCUUUUCGCGGCGUCCGGGGCGGCAAAGGUGGAGAGUUUGUAUGAGCUCGCUUCAUCGCCAGGAGAUGAGUACCAUGUAGAUGGGGAUAGGGGCCGGCGACACGCUGGCGCGCUAUGGGCGCUGCCUGGGCUGCUCACAGUGGUUGAUUUCCAGAGGCGGGUGCUGCGCUCGGCCUGGGGCCUGGGCAAAGGCGCCUGCACGGCCAGCGGCUUCGCGGGGCUGGGCGCCUUCGGGCUGCUGCUCUGCCCGUACGUGGUGCAGCGCGCGCCUUUGGAGGAGGCAGACCGAGAGGCUCUGUGGGAGGACCUGCUGCAGAUCACCGCGGUCUCGGAGAGCGACCUGCUGAGUUUCGCCGAGCUCUGGGCGGCGGUGGUGGAGCUGCGUCUGCCGCCGCUGUCCUUCCACGACCUACAGCGGCCCCUGGGCUUCCGCGGCUUCGAGCUCCUGGGGCGCUUCACCUUCGCCUGCUACUCCGACGCCUCCGGCGUGAUGACAUUGCCGGAGUUUACCUGUGCCGUGCACAAAAUGGUGGACCUGGCCCUAGAGGUCCACAGCCAGGCCCAUGGGGGGCGCACCGACCGCGUGGCGCGUGCGCGCCUGGUGCGGCACCUCUCGCAGCUCAUCGCGCCGGCAGUGUUCCGUGUGUUGGACUUCGACCAGAGUGGUGACAUCGGCACUUUCGAGUUCCUCCGCGGGGCGCUGCUGCUGCUCUGUACGGUGCAGGGCGCGCCGCUGGACACCCCGCAGCUGGCGGAGUUGGCCUUCCGCGUGGUGGACGCGGACGGCAAGGGCCGCGUCACCCACACGGACCUGGCGCGCUGGGUGCAGCUCGGAGUUCAGGAGGGCGUGGUGGAGCACGAGCUGCAGCUGGAGCCAGUGGGCCCGUGGGGCAUCUUUGGGACUCGCACCUUGACACCCCAGCAGUUGGCGCGGAAGUGGGUGAGGGAGGCGGACCUGGACCGCGACGGCACGCUGCGGCCCGAGGAGUUCGGGCUGCUGGCCCCAAGGCUGCGGCUGCACCGGAUCCUCGCCCGGCUCUGCGGGAAGUACACCGAGCGCCUGCCGACGGCCGGGGUCUGA